GGACAAACAUCAGAAUUCCCAUUUUUUCCCCACCCCAAUCCAAGAAGAUUUUUGGGAUCAAAUCCUUUUUUCCCCCCGAUUUUGGGAUUUCCUCCCCAAAAUUUUCCGGGAUUUUCCGGCUGAAUAAAUACAAUAAAUUACAGAACCGCCCGAAAUUCCCGAUUUUCUUCAAAACCUCCAAAUCAGGAUUUUCCCUCCCCCCAAAUAAAAAAAUUCCAAAACCACCCAAAAAUUCCGGGAUUUCCUCCAACUGAUUUUUUAUUUUUCCUGGGAAAACUCACGGAAAAACCAAAAAUUCCAAAUUUUUUUAACCAUUUCUACCCCUACUUCUUCCUACUCUACCCUACCGAAAACUACGGCCGGGAAACGUCGGAAAAAAUUCCCCAAAUUUUUGAUUUUCACCCUUCCGGCAUUUCCUCCUCUCCGCGAUUCCGGAAUUUGGAUCCGAUCCCGAAAUUCGGUCGGAAUCGUGGAGCCGUCGAUGUUUGGCCAACAUUGAAGGAUCUCCAAAGGUUUUUCCACAUUUGGGGCAAAUUUCUUGGGAUUCAUCCGAGGAUUUCCCAAUUUUUUGGGUCUCCUCAAGAACCUCUUGAUUCUUGGCCAACGUUGACGAAUCAACCAAAGAUUUCCCAAUUUUUUGGGAUUCCACCAAGGAUUUCCCAAUUUUUUGGGAUUCCACCAAGGAUCUCCCAUUUUUUUGGGAUUCAACCAAAGAUCUCCCAAUUUUUUGUGUCUCCUCGUGGAUCCGUCGAUGCUUGGCCAACGAUGAAGGAUCUCCAAAGGUUUUCCCACAUUCUGAGCAGGUGUUUUGGGAUUCCACCAAGGAUUUCCCAAUUUUUUGUGUCUCCUCAUGGACCCGUUGAUGCUUGGCCAACGAUGAAGGGUCUCCAAAGGUUUUCCCACAACUGGAGCAAAUUCCUUGGGAUUCAUCCGAGGUUUCCCCAUUUUUUUGCGACGCCACCAAGGAUCUCCCACAUUUUUGUGUCUCCUCACGAACCCGUUGAUUCUUGGCCAACGUCAACGAAUCAACCAAGGAUCUCCCACAUUUUUGGGUCUCCUCAUGAACCCGUUGAUGCUUGGCCAACGCCGACGGAUCCGAGAACGACUUCCCGCAUUCCGAGCAGGUUUUUUGGGAAUUCUCGUGGAUCCGUUGAUGCUUGGCCAACGCCGACGGAUCCGAGAACGACUUCCCGCACUCCCCGCAACUUUUCCGCGCCCCGGCCCCGUGCGCCCUCUGAUGCUUCUGGAAGUGGAGGGUGGAAUUAAAACUCUUCCCGCAUUCCCCGCAGACGUGAGGCCGACCGCCGGCGUGCGUCCGCUGGUGCCGGUACAGAUGCGACGUCCUCCCGAAACUCUUCCCGCUCUCGGGACACUCGUAGGGUUUCUCCCCAGUGUGAAUCCGCUGGUGCCUCUCCCAGUGGGAGCUCCACGAGAAGCUCUUCCCGCAAUCCCCGCACCGAUACGGCUUCUCCGCGCCGGAUCCUCCGUGGAAGCUCCGCCGGUGCCGCGCGUACUGCGAGCGGGCGCCGAAGCUUUUGCCGCAAUCCUCGCAGCGGAACGGGCCUUCGCCGAGAUGAACCCGUUGGUGUUUCACCAACGCCGGCGCGUCGCCGAAGCUCUUGCGGCACAGGGAGCAUUUGUAGGGCCUGACGCCGGUGUGCGUCCCCUGGUGCCGCUCGAAAUGGAGGAUGCUGCCGAAACUCCGCCCGCAGUAGGUGCAGAUGUACGAGCGCCCGCCGGCGUGGCCGCGCUGGUGCCGGUAGAGGUGAGAGCUCCUGGAGAAGCUCUUCCCGCACUCCUGGCACUCGUAGGGCUUCUCGCCGGUGUGAAUCCGCUGGUGCCGGAGCCAAUGGGAGCUCCACGAGAAACUCUUCCCGCAGUCGCCGCACUGGAAGGGCAAAUUCCCCGUGUGCAGCCGUUGGUGAGUGGCCAACUCCUUGUUCCGCCGGAAACUCUUCCCGCACUCCUCGCACUUGUAAGGAAACCCUCGAGGCUUUUCCGGCGCCGAUUCGCCGCCGCCGUGGCCGCGUUGGUGCCGGUAGAGGUUGGAAGAGACGUUGAAACUCUUGCCGCAGUGCAAGCAGCGGAACGGUUUUUCCCCGGUGUGCGUGCGGCGGUGUUUGGAGAAAUGGGAGCUGCAGCUGAAGCUCUUCCCGCACUCGGAGCACUCGUAGCUUUUUUGGAGGACGAUGAUGCUCUUGAAGUUGGAGAAAUUCGGGGAUUUGGGGGUUUUCUUGCGGCUUUUUGACGACGACGAUGACGACGACGACGGCGCGCCGGGGUCGAUUUGUUGCACCACGGUCCAGCGGAAAGUUUCGCGCUCCGAGAGGUCGGCGCUGGGGAAGUCGGGAUCCAAUUCCACGAUUUCCGGAGCGGUCGGGAUCCCAAAACCUGACCCGGAGCUGUCGGAAUUUGGGGAAUUUGGGAUUUUUCCCCCAAAAAUCCGGGAUAAACUCGGGACGAGAUGCAGGAGAGCUACGAGAGCGUCAUUUCCUUGGCCGAGGAGAUCGCCAUCAGUUGGCCGCGGAUCACCGCGUUCGCCGAAUCGCACCGGAGACGUGGCCUCGGCGCCGACGCCGCCCCGGCCUCACCGAGCGACAACGAGGACGAAGAAGAAGAUCCUCCACCCAACCCUCUGGAAAAACCCGAAAUCCCCGGAACCCCACCGGCGCCGCCGAACCCCAAAUCCCCGCCGAGCCGUUCCGAAACCCCGAACCCCCAGCCCCAAAAAUCGCCAGGAAAACGCCGAGGAAAACUCAAGAAACUCCAACCCCGCCCCCUCCGGUGCCACGAUUGCGGCAAAUCGCUGGCGCUGCCGAAACGCCGGCGCGGGGCGGAACGACCCCACAAGUGCCCGGAAUGUGGGAAGAGUUUCAGGUUGAGCUCGAGUUUGGUGACGCAUCAACGGCGGCACGCCGGCGAAAAUCCCUACAAAUGUCCCGACUGCGGGAAAUCCUUCAGCGUCGGCUCGGCGUUCAUCCAACACCAGCGCGUCCACGCCGGCGCGGCGCCGUGCCGGUGCGGGGUUUGCGGGAAGAGUUUCCCGGCGAGUUCGGGGUUGGUGAAGCAUCAGAAAGUUCAUUUGGAGGAGAAACCCUACAAAUGCGGCGAUUGCGGCAAAGGGUUCAACUGGAAUUCCCAUCUGGAGCGGCACCGGAGGAUUCACACCGGCGAGAAACCCUACGAGUGUCCGGAAUGUGGGAAGAGUUUUUCUUGGAGCUCCCACUUGGAUCGGCAUCGCCGAACCCACGCGGCGGCGGCGGCGGCGGCGGAAUCGGGCGGGCGAUGCGACGAGUGCGGGGCGGAAUCGCCGAAAUCGCCGGAAUCGGGAACGUCUAAAAAUCCCAAAAAUCCCAAAAUAGUCAAAACUCCUCGGGAAUCGGCGGAGAAACCUCACAAAUGCGGCGAAUGCGGGAAGGGAUUCGGCGUGGCCGCGGCGUUGGCGCAACACCGGCGCGGUCACAGCGCUGCCGGCAAACCCUACGCGUGCCGGGAAUGCGGGAAAAGCUUUUCUUGGAGCUCCCACUUGGAUCGGCACCGGCGAAUCCACAUGGGGGAAAAGCCUUUCCGUUGCGUCAGCUGCGGCAAGAGUUUCUCCCAAAGUUCCCAUUUGGAACGGCACCGGAAAAUCCACCGGGAGCCGUGCCGGGAAUGCGGCAAAAACGAGGGGAAAAAAGGGGGGAAAAGCUUCCAGAAAUUGCGGUGCCGGAUUUUGGGGGAGGAGAAAUGCGAUGAGUGCGGGAAAAAUUCGGGUUUAGGGUCGGGUUUGGGGUUGGGGUCGAAUUUGGGGUCGAAUUUGAAGGAUCAAGGCACCCAAACGGGCGAAAAGCCCUUCGAGUGCCCGGAGUGCGGCAAAAGCUUCGCCCAGAACUCGGCAUUGGCCAAGCACCGGCGGAUGCACACGGGAGAGAAACCCUACAAAUGCCCCGAGUGCGGCAAAAGCUUCGGCGUCCGCUCCAACCUCAUCAAACACCAACGCACCCACCUGGGCGAGAAACCCUACAAAUGCCAAGAUUGCUCCAAAGGCUUCAUCCAGAAAUCCGACCUCACCAAGCAUCGGCGGAUGCACACGGGCGAGAAGCCCUACGAGUGCCGCGAGUGCGGGAAAUGCUUCAGCGUCUCCUCCAACCUCAUCAAACAUCAGCGGAUCCACCUGGGCGAGAAACCCUUCCAGUGCUCCGAGUGCGGCAAGAGCUUCAUCCAGCGCUCCGAGCUCACCAUCCACCGGCGCGUGCACACCGGAGAGAAGCCCUACGAGUGCCGCGAGUGCGGGAAGUGCUUCAGCCGCAGCUCGCACCUCAACCGGCACCGCCGCACCCACGGCAAAGCCGGCAUUGCCGCCGCCUCUUCCUCCUCUUCCUCCUCUUCCUUCUCGUCGUCGUCUUCUUCUUUCUCCUCUUCUUCUUCCACCUUCUCCUCCUCCUCCUCCUCGGCCUUCCCGGCGUUCCCGGGCUCCUCGGCCGUGCCGGCGCCGUUGGAGCUGCCCUGGGCGUUGGCGUUGCCGGGCCGGGCGUUCCCGGGGUUUCCGGUGGGUAAUUAAAGGGAGGUGGUUAAUUAGGGGGCGGUAAUUAAAAGGGGCAGGGGAGAUGGGGGAGGCUCAUGGUGCUGGUGGGUUCCCAGUGCUCCCAGUGCCCAACUGGGCUUGGCCAACACAACGCCCAUGGUUGAGUUGGGUCCCAAAUCAUUCCCAUUCUAAUUUGGUGCCCAAUUAACCAUCUCUAGUUAAUUAGGGAUGAAUCCGUUCAUUAAUUAAGUGGGGACAUGAGGAAUCCCCAUCAUCCCAUGGUUCCCAUCAUUCCCAGUGGUCCCAGUGCCCAACUGGGCUUGGCCAACCCAAGACCCAACCUUGGCUCGGUCCCAUUGACUUCCCAUUCUAAUUAACGAUCUCUAAUUAAUUAGGGACGAAUCCAUUCGUUAAUUAAGUGGGGACAUGAGAUUUCCCAUCAUCCCAUGGUUCCGGCGGGUUCCCAUCAUUCCCAGUGCUCCCAGUGCCCAACUGGGAUUGGCCAACCCAAGACCCCAGGUUGAGUUGGGUCCCAACUCAUUCCCAUUCUAAUUUGGUGCCCAAUUAACCACCUCUGAUUAAUUAGGGGUGAUUUAAUUCAUUAAUUAAGUGGGGAGACAAGGAAUCCCCAUCAUCCCAUGGUUCCCAUCAUUCCCAGUGCUCCCAGUGCCCAACUGGGCUUGGCCAACCCAACACCCAACCUUGGCUCAGUCCCAUUGAACUCCCAUUCUAAUUAACGAUCUCUAAUUAAUUAGGGGCGAUUUCAUUCAUUAAUUAGGUGGGAAAUGGGGAACUCCCAUCAUUCCAUGGUUCCCAUCAUUCCCAGUGCUCCCAGUGCCCAACUGGGCUUGGCCAAC